GGGUGUGGCUUUCUUUUUUGGCAAGUGGCAACUCAUUCUCCACUCAAUAUCCAACACACGGACCCAGAGUCCUACUUCCCUCCCCCAAAAAAAUCUCUACAACUGUGUGCGCAGGCUCAGGAGCUUUCUUCCAUCCAAGCUGAGCCACCCGAUCAGCAAGGGAGAAAAAAAUCUGGGUUGCGGUUUGAAUUGAACUGAAAGCCAUUGUUUUCAGUUUUGUUGAGAGUGGGUAUGGCUUGUGCCGCUUCCCAAGCGAUGGCAUCUGCCAAUUCCUGCGUUUUUUCAUCUCCCAAAUUCCGUAUAAACCAUAUUCACCCCAAGAAGCGCACUCGCGGCCUCUUCACUGUCAGAGCUUCCUCCGUUGAUUCCGACUGCAACACUGAAGAAUGCGCCCCUGAUAAGGAGGUUGGGAAAGUGAGCUUGGAGUGGAUAGCUGAGGAUAAGACCAAAGUUGUGGGUACAUACCCCCCUCGCAACCGAGGUUGGACAGGUUAUGUUGAGAAGGACACUGCAGGACAAACAAACAUAUACUCAGUUGAGCCUGCAGUAUAUGUAGCAGAAAGUGCAAUCAGCUCUGGCACUGCAGGUUCUUCUGCAGAUGGGUCAGAGAACACGGCUGCAGUAGCUGCUGGCAUUGCCCUCGUCAGCAUAGCCGCAGCUUCAUCAAUACUUCUCCAAGUUGGUAAGAACCCACCACAGAUGCAGACAAUGGAGUACUCAGGGCCAUCUCUUAGUUACUACAUCAAGAAGUUCAAGCCGCCAGAAAUAAUCCAAGCCUUGGCACCAACUGUUAGUGAAACUUCCCAGAAUCAGGUUGAAUCAGGAGAUCAGCCAGAUUCUUCUACUGUUAGUAUCAAUGUUGUUUCCUAGGAAUUCCAGUGGGGUGCUUUUCUUAUACUGUAAAACAUCCUCGAGAGUUUCCUUCUAUACCAUUGCUGCAUACUUUUUUGUGACAGUAGUAUUGUACACUGCAGCUAGCACUGAAGAGAUGUUUUAUGUAUUAUAUGAUUCAAAAUAGUUGAACAGGAAAAUGACUAAUUGCUAA